AUGGAGCAAUCUGCAGAUUCAGAUGUGGACCCACUGCUGGUCACUGAUUCGUUUCGUGCGCAUUGGAGCCAGAUUAAUGAAGAUAGCUUGUUGAGUUCAAACUUGCUGCUGGAUUUCAACUUAGACUUCCAGCUCCCUGAGGAAAAUCCCGAGCUGCCCUUUGCCCAGGAAGGGGGCAGCAGAGGGCCCGGGGAAAUCAGAGAGGAUGGCCCCGCCCUGGAUAUGACGGCUUGCACCGCCCCCUCCACCGAAGACUACACCGGGAACCAGUGUUACCAGCUGGCAUUUGAUCAACUUUCCGAGACGCCCUUCGUACAGGAAGGGGGCAGCAGCGGGCCGGGGGAAGGCAGAGAGUGGGGCCCCGCCCCGUAUACAACGGUUUGCACCACCUCCUCCACCGUCCCCUCCACCGAAGACUACGCCGGGGGACACUGUUUCGAGCUGGUGUUUGAGCAGUCGGGAACGGCCAAAUCCGUCACCUGCACAUAUUCAAAACAAUUGAACAAGCUGUUCUGUCAGCUCGGAAAGACUUGCCCCGUUCUGGUGAAGCUGUCUACCUCGCCACCCCCCGGCUCAGUCAUCCGGGCCACGGCCGUCUACAAGAAGUCGGAGCAUGUGGCCGAGGUGGUGAAGCGCUGCCCGCACCACGAGCGUGCGCCGGAGUACAGCGAAGACGGAGUCCCUGCUGAGCACCUGAUCCGCGUCGAAGGGAACCAAAACGCCCAGUACUUCUCUGACAGGAUCACCAAGCGCCACAGCGUUGUGGUUCCUUAUGAGAUGCCUCAGGUGGGAUCGGAGUGCAGCACCGUCCUCUACAGCUACAUGUGCAACAGUUCCUGCAUGGGUGGCAUGAACCGGCGCCCCAUCCUCACCAUCGUUACGCUGGAAUCUCAAGAAGGGCAGCUGCUCGGCCGCCGCUGCUUCGAAGUACGGGUCUGCGCCUGCCCUGGCCGGGACCUCAAGUCGGAGGAAGAGAACUUCCGUAAAGCUGCUCGUGGCGAACGGUCCAAAAAGGGAGGGGCUCCGGCGGAGAACGGACCCGAGAAGAAGCACAGUCCCGGGACCUCCAACAACAGAGAAGACGUUUACACCCUCAAGAUCAGGGGACGGGAUCGGUAUCUCAUGUUGAAGAAGAUCAACGAUGCGCUGGAGGUCACAGAUGUGCUGGAGGUCACAGACGCACAGGAGGUGCUCAAACUGAGGAAUGGCCCACAGAAGACCCGCAAGCGGAGUGCGGCGCCCCCGCCGGGCAGUGGGAAGAAGCUGCUGCUGAAGGACGAGGCGGGGGGCUCCAGUUAGACCGGCUCUCCCUGCUCAACCCUUCGUUCCCCCCCCACCCCGCUUUACGGCCCCUCUUUCUAGACCCCGGGGGAGACCCUCCCCAGCUCUCUCCAAAAGAAGGGCAUUCCCUGUCCCCUGCAAAAAGUCCCUGCUGGCCUCUGCUGCUCCAGCUAGAUCCGUUGCUUGUGCUGCCGGGAUUGCCUGGGGGUGGGGUGGGUGGCGUUCUCCGCCGCCCCCCUUGGCUACUCCCCGCUUCCCUGACAGUGCCCGUGGGAGGGGCCCCCUUCUCCCGGGGGUCAGUGUUGCAAUAUCUCGGGCUGCCACCGUCCUGCCAACUGACAAGGCACUGCCGCUCGGCCCCGAUCCUGCCGUGAGGGUGUCUCUGCUUCCCCUGCCUCCCCCCCCCUUUUAGGGCUGGAAGGAGGGGGUGACGGGGAGGGCCCAGGGGGGCAAUUUCCCCUCUCCUGCUCAGACUGAGGGUCCAUUGGAUCCAGCAUCCUGUUUCUUCUGCCUUCUUCCCCCCCCCCACUCCAUGGCCCUCCAGAGCACCCCCCAGGGGGAAAAGGAGCACCUGAAUAGACCUCCCCCCCAGCGGUUGAAAGCCAACCCGUAUCCUCAGCUGGAAGGCAGAAGAGAAAUCCCCUUCCAAAACUGUGACCUCCUCCAGCUCCGAAGCAAGCCGGCCUGGUGCUUCUUCUAGGGAGAGGGGGACUGACCUCGAAGGGAGCCACCCCACCCCACCCCACUCCACCAGCUUCUUCAUAGUCCAUCCCUUUGGGGUCUCGUUUCGCCUUCUUUGCUGAUUUAAAGUUUUAAGCGACCUGUGCAAAGGGCAACACUUUCUCCUCCCUCCAAGCUGAAACGCAAGGGGGGGGGGGAGAAAAGACAGUGGUCGCUGGUUGUGCUAAGUCAGAAGUACUGUAUCCCCCCCCACACACACACACACUUGCGUUUCUGUUUGCGUCGGAUCUCGUGCAGCAAAUUUCUGGACAGCGUAACGUCUAGGGAGGGAAGGGGAACACUUUGUGUUUGUCGAGAUCGUGUGCAAAGCGUGACUGCGCUGCUAAGGCCAUCGGCAUUUCUGCUCCUGUACUGGCUGGAUCCCAGCCAGGGUUUUGAAUGUUGUGCUCUGCUUGCGCUUGCGGAAGCAUGCUUGCUCUGUCCCGCUUGGCUUCCUUCUGUGGGGGUCCAGGGGGAGGGGGCGUCUGGCCCUCGUCUGGCUGUGAAAACGCUAAAAGGGACAAAAAGAGGGAGGGAGAAAACGUAACCCAAAGAAAUAAGUUAAGGACCUAGAAGGUUAAAUGAACCCAAAUGAAAAGGGCCCAGUAUUUAAGUAACUGAAUGUAAGACGUAGAUAUUUAUCAGAGAUACAAAAAUACAUAAAGCCCAGUAGCACUAAGACUUAACAAACUUUAAUGUAGCAUAAGCUUUUGAGAAACACAGGUGCAUGCAUCUGAUGAAGAGAGCUGUAUUUCCCUAAAGCUUAUGCUACAGACACAGUAAAGUUUUAUUAGUCUUAAAGGUGCUACUGGGCUUUUUACGAUUUUGCAGACACAGACUCACAUGGCUAACGCCUCUGGGGGGUUUACUUGCCAGGAAGAGCCAAUUGGAGUCAAUACUCAAGAAAG